AUGAGCACCGCUGUCCCACCACCCCUCCCGUCGCCCAGCGUCGGCAUCCGUCGCAAGGGCGCACAAGCCCUGCCCCGCCUUCCGCUCUCCGCUUUCACCCCCCCAAACAGUGGCUCGUCCGAUAGGUUUCCUCUCCCUCCCAGCCCGAGCGCAGUGCACCCCGAACAAGUCGUCGACGCCCACGUUGUCGCCCCCGACGGCGAUCUCAGUCGGUGGAAGGCGGAGACGGGCCAGGCGCUCGGAAGCAAACUCAAAGGCGUAGUUGUUUCUCUGAAUGGUAACGCUCCCUCGGAGGUCGAGACGGCGUUGAAGCAAAUCUCAUCGGAAUCGUCUGGUGUGCCGGUGCUCUCAGCACUCGCCCCCCUCGACCCGUAUGCUAAUGCUAAUGAGGAAUUCGAACCCCCAUUAUACCUCGCAAAUACGACCUCGUCGAAGCCGCGCAUAGCGUUUACCAUGGUGUUCACCAAGUGUGAUGCGGGGAUAAAGCGUGCAUUGGGCUGGACCCUUUCUCAAGGCCUGACAGUGAAUAUCGAUGUAGAGUGCAACAUUCGGGAGAGCGAGCGCGGGUUAGAGUCACUGGAGGAAUUGCUCACGAGCAUCGAUGCGCCAUACGUCGAGGGACAACCCAAGGAGACGAAGGGCAAGAUCAUCAUAUCGAACAUUCUCCCUCCGACAGACGACCUCUCGCUGCCCAUCGUUAAGCUGCUGACGCACCCGUCGUAUCGCGAGUAUCAAUCGCACAUCGCGUCGAUCUCGUUGCGCUCCAACGUCUUCAUCAAUUUCCUGCCGCCAUCGUGGGGCGCAUCCACACCCUCCCGCACCGAAGAGAGCCGCAAGGAAUGGAACGAGUGGAAACGCAGGCUGAAAAUGUACAUUGGCCCAGUCGUAGAGGCGUUCGGCUACCAGCGCAUCAUCUUCGGCUCGUCGCCCUCCACGACAUCACAAGCGAAGUCCAACGCCGGCGACUGGUACGAGCUCGCGCGCGAGUGCUUCGCCGAGCUCGGCGUCGAGCAGGAGGGUAUCGACGCCGUAUUCUCCGGGAACGCGCUCCUCGUCUACUCGUAG